AUUAACAUGAAACUCUGAAUAUUUUGUGAACGUAAUCAAUUCGUCUGAUUAAUUUAUCAUUUCACAAACUAAGUAUCAAGUCACAAAUGAAUUCAGGAACGAUAACUAUAUUUUUGGUGAUGCUGGCAGUGGCUUCAAUUGAAGCUGGACUUUGUGAAAGUUCGGCAAGAGGCACCGAAUCGAGCAAACAACACGAAUUUUCGCUAAAUUUAAAAGUUGAAGGUCGUUCGACGUUUGUAACAUUGAGCUCAAAUAUAACGACGCGCCCGUUAAAAUUGCUGAUUGAUUGCGGAGCAACUUUAUCAUUAGUGGCGUCCGAUGUGAUUAAACCGGGUGCCGUUGACGAGAGUCACCGAGAGAUAGUUUAUGGGUGCGAAAAUAGAGAUAUAGAAACACUUGGACUCGCACAUGUCAUGAUUUCAUUAAAAGGCAAUAGAAAUAUUGAUAUACAAAUGCAUGUCAUGAAUAGAACUAAUAUACGACCGAACUGCGAUGGUUAUUUGGGAUUUGAUGUUAUGGUCAAAUAUAAUAUGACAGUUGAUUUGGAUAAACACAAGCUCAUCUUCCGAUUUAGUAGAGAAGAGUGACAACUUGCAUUCAAAACCCAAAUUCAUUUUGUCAAUAAUAAAAAAAAUACUGUUCUUCACUUCAA